GUGGGACUCAGCGGCUGGCCUCACCCGCGCGGCUCGGCCGAUUGGCUGAAGGUGUCGCCUCCCCCGCCCUCCGCACCCCCGCGUCCCAGGUGGCUCGGUCCCCAGUGGCGAUCUCUGUUUACCGAGAGAGCCGGUCCAGGUGGGGCUCCAUCCCGGCGCUCAGCGCUCGCUCCCCGCUGGGGCCCCGCCCGCGCAGCAAGCGGGGAGAACACCUGGCCCGAGCUGCUCCUCGCCCUUCCCCUCCCCCGCCGCCCGGAGAGACGGCGAUGACCCCCAAGCCGGCCGGACCCCCGGAUGGGGGCUGGGGCUGGGUGGUGGCGGCCGCAGCCUUCGCGGUGAACGGGCUCUCCUACGGGCUGUUGCGCUCCCUGGGCCUUGCCCUCCCUGACCUCGCGGAGCACUUUGACCGGAACACUCAGGACACUGCGUGGGUCAGCGCCCUGGCCCUGGCGGUGCAGCAGGCAGCCAGCCCAGUGGGCAGCGCUCUGAGCACCCGCUGGGGGGCGCGCCCCGUGGUGAUGGUCGGGGGCAUCCUCACCUCGUUGGGCUUCGUCUUCUCGGCUUUCGCCCGCAGUCUGCUGCACCUCUACCUCGGCCUGGGCGUCCUUGCUGGCUCUGGCUGGGCCCUGGUGUUCGCCCCGGCCCUCGGGACGCUGUCCCGGUACUUCUCCCGCCGUCGAGUCUUGGCUGUGGGGCUGGCGCUCACGGGCAACGGGGCCUCCUCGCUGCUCCUGGCGCCCACCCUGCAGCUCCUCCUUGAUACUUACGGCUGGCGGGGCGCCCUGCUCCUCCUUAGCGCCGUUACCCUCCACCUGGCCCCCUGUGGCGCCCUGCUGCGACCCCUGGUGCUCCCUGGCGACCCCCCGGCGCGACCCCGCGGGCCCUUGGCUGCGCUUGGCCUGGAUCUCUUCGCGCGCCGGGCCUUCCUAGUCUUUGCUCUGGGCACAGCCCUGGUCGGGGGCGGGUACUUCGUCCCCUAUGUGCACUUGGCCCCCCACGCUUUGGACCGGGGCUUGGGAGGGUAUGGAGCGGCGCUGGUGGUGGCGGUGGCUGCGGUGGGGGAUGCGGGUGCGCGACUUGUCAGCGGCUGGCUGGCCGACCAAGGCUGGGUGCCCCUCUCGCGGCUGCUGGCUGGGUUCGGGGCCCUGACCGGGCUGGGGCUUCUGGCAGUGGGGCUGGCGCCCUUGCUGGGGAGCCCGGAGGGCUGCGAGGGGCCCCUGCUGGCCGCGGCGGGGGCCUACGGGCUCAGCGCGGGAAGUUACGCGCCCCUGGUUUUCGGUGUGCUGCCUGGGCUGGUGGGCCUCGGAGGCGUCGUGCAGGCCACAGGGCUGGUGAUGAUGCUGAUGAGUCUUGGGGGGCUUUUGGGCCCCCCGCUGUCAGGCUUCCUAAGGGACAAGACGGGAGACUUCACGGCCUCCUUCCUCACCUGCGGCUCUUUCAUCCUCUCUGGCAGCUUCAUCUACCUGGGGCUGCCAGGGGCUCUGCCCUCCUGCCCACCAGCCUCCCUGCCAGCCUCCCGGCAGGCCACCUCUCCUCCCCCUGAGAGGGGGGAACUGCUCCCCACUACUCAAGUUGCUCUGCUUUCCCCAGGAGGCUCUCAAUCCACUCGGGACACCACUUGUUGACCAUUUGUUUGAGCCACUCCCCCAAUAAAGAAUUUCUACCCAGUUUCUCACAAGCUCCAACUCUUAGCCAAUCGAGGAGGCUGAAAACAUUCUUUCUACUUAAGAUAUUCAAGGGGCCGCCUGGGGGACUCCAUCUGUUAAGCCUCUGACCUGAUUUUGGACCAGGUCAUGAUCUCAGGGUCGUGGGAUUGUGCCCCCAGUGGGAUCCCCGCUGGGCAUGGAGCCUGCUCAAGAUUCUCCAGUGCUCUCUCCCUCUGCCCCUCCCUCACAGUCGCUUCCCUCUUUCUCUCUCCCAAAAAGCAAGAAAAACAAAACAGGGAAUCUCUCAGAAGCUGCCUGCCUGUGCAUUUCAGUGUGUUGGGGUGAGGGGGGUGGGCAGGAGGGGACCAUCUGCUAACUCCUCCCUGCAUUUCAGGCUCCUGUCCCUGGCCUGAGGGAAAUGCUGGACCAGACUUCAGCUCUCAAAGCUUUAGUUCCCCUUCCCAGGCCACCCCCACCCUGUGUCCUCACUAUUGUCUUCUACAGCAAGAAAC